AUGCGCGUACAAUCUGCAGGGAACUUGCUUUUUGGAGCCCUCGUAACGGGGGUGCUCCUCCCGGUCGCCACUCAGGCAAAGACUUGUUUGAUGCUCUAUCAGAUGGCCGACAAUAACUUGGAAUACUACAUUCGACAGGAUUAUGCCGAGUUGACUUCCUCUCCUGUCCUUGGUUCGUCGGAUUUGAGGACCUGGGUUUACUACGAUGCCCUCAACCAAGGAGGACAGGCUCUUCCCAACACUGUGGAUAGUAAUGGCAAUGCUAUCAGCGGCACGUUCACUGGAAGUCGCUACGUCACCUAUGAUCCCUCGUAUCAGAAGAUGAGAGUGGAUGUCGAACUCUCCGGGGAACAAAACUCCGAUACCCAGGCGUCCGUCCAGAACUUUUUGGAUCACGCUCUUUCCGACUGUCUCUCCAAUGGAUACGAUAGUCUCAUGGCCGUCUUCUCUUCUCACGGAGGUGGAUUCGCCGGAUAUGGAGGAGAUGAAAAUGCGAGGAGGAAGCUUUUGCAGACCAACUCAAACAUCGCUGCUGCCAUUAGGGCAUCCCUGGACAGUGCCGGUGGUCCCAGCAAGGUCGAAGUGAUCGGUUUCGAUGCUUGUCUCAUGCAGGCAGUUGGAGCCGCAGAUGAUUACAUGGACGUUGCCCAGUACAUUUUGGCCAGCGAGGCUGUGGAACCCGGACACGGAUGGGCAUACAGCUACCUCACUUCGGCUGCAAGCGCUCUGGAGCUCGCCGAGCAAGUCGUUGCAACAUUCCUAAGUGCUACUCAGGGAGGCUCCCACCAAGCCCCCAAGACGUUGGCCAUCUUGGACACCUCAAAGUUUGCCACUUUUAUCAAUUCCUUCGAAUCCUUUUCUACGGACCUCUUGUCUUUGCUACAAGGGGGUGAUGUGUCUUUGCAUUCUUUCGUGUCGCGAUCGCGUGCCGCAUCGGUUGCCUACGAGGGGAUUGUAGACGCUGUUGGAUCCCGAAACCCCUCUGGACUUGACAUUGGAAGUUGGUUGGCGAACUUCAAGGCUCUGUGCAACCCCGGUGCGCCACUCCAGGCGGAUCUCGACACUGCAUACGCGGCAUACAACGACAUGUUCCAUGCUCGUGGUGUUGGGCCUGGAACAUCAGCUGGUACCGGUAUGCACAUCACUUGGCCAAAUCAGGGCGAAUAUGUCGCCAAUACCGCCUUGUGGAACCAGGUGCUGUUCCAGAACAGGAACUACGUGACGGAAAUCACCCCCGAAUUCCGGAAUUUCCUUGGAUGGUUUCUGCCAUCUGGAUCGCCAAGUGGGGGAGAUGGCACCACUGUCUGCGGUGCUGGAUCGGCAGAAGUUAAUCCCGGCAAUCAGAAUGGUAACCAAAACGGCAACCAAAAUGGCAAUCAAAAUGGUAACCAAAAUGGAGGCGGAAAUCCCGUGGACCCCAAUGCCUUGAUUAUUGAUGAUUCGGGUGUGGAAGAUGCUUCAGGCAUGUUCAAUCUUCAGGCCACCAUCGCCCCUGCCGUUUCUCAGAUGCUGGUGGAAUACGGAAUCGACCUCUCAACACCCUUGAAGCCUGUCCUGGAAGAGAAGGGAUAUCAACCCAAUGAUAAUGAGUACCUCUACCUUCUUGGUGGUGAUGUCUCUGGAAGCUACGUGGGAAACACCUUUGAGGCCUCGUGGGACCAAAAGUUCUAUUUCUUGAACAUCUCGGGCUCGGAUGCCUUUGAAGCCUUGUAUGUUUUUGAUCAAGGAGAUGGGUCCAAGAAGAUCCCAGCUAUGUAUUUCCCUGAAGCGAACAGAGAAGAUGUGUCGAACCUUCAAUUCCUUGACUAUUUGUUCUUCGAUUUCAACUUUUGGAUUGAACAGGGAGCAAGGUUCAGUUUCCUUCAAUUCUCCGUGAACGAAACCGAAAACCGCAUCAACGAUAAUCUUGCUCUUUUUAUCAGUAAUGAUGCUGGUGUCUUCACCGAGCAGCCUCGCUCUGCCGGUGGAUACUUGAUUCCCAUAGUCUACAUUGAUGCCUUCAUCCAGGAACGACAAUUGAACACUUUGCCUGGUGGUUUCAACCAAACCGUGAUCCCGUGGACAGAGUCACUUGGCUACAAUAUUCUCGAGACACCAGCCUUGAACAUUUUCGAUGUUAUCCCCAGCACUGAUGCUGUCGUCAUCAACAUGUAUGCCUUCGACCACGGAGAUCCUAACAAAGAACCUGAUUGGAGAGUGAACUUUUGA